AUGGUUCACCAACCUAUCGCUACUUCUGAUGAAAAAGAACUAAUCAGAAUAUCUUCGUUAGAACAACGAAUAAUAGAAUUUGAAAAUACACUUUUCAAAACAGCUAAUGCUACUUUAGAAAGACGAGUCGCAGAAUUGGAAAAUUCUUUAAAAGAAUUAACUCAAGAACGUGAUAAAUUACGAGAAAUAAUUGCUACAGAAUGGAAAAAUAAUUCGAUUCAUUGUGUAAAAGAGUAUGAAAAAAAUGAUUCUGAUGAACCUAAUAGCUCCGAAGAUUCUGAAAGUUCCGACGAUACUUCUUUUCGUGAGUUCAAUUCUUCUAAAAGAUUUGAAUUUGAAAGUGUAUAUGGUCGAAUAUGGAAACUCGUCGAGGGUAUGAAAUCGGAUUGUGAAAAGGCGAUUAAUCAGAAAAUUUCUCCAGUAUCAAAUUUACCUAAAUUUCCAGUAAAACAAAAUUCGACUAGCAAUAGCAGACCUGGAACUCCAAAAAAUCAAUCUCCCAUCGUUUCUUCACCAGCAAGGUCAAGAGCUUCGAGCGUAUCAAAUAUUUCCAUUCCUUCGAGAUCUAAUACACCUAAUGGUAUAAAAAUACCAAGUGUUAGCAGUUCGAUAGCAUCUACAAAGAUGCAGACUCCAUCAAGAAUUCAAAAUUUUUCACCACCAGAUUCUUAUACUUCCUCUAGACCAAAUACACCUUCUAAUCUUUCUUCAAGUAUUAUUAAUCCUAUACAGAAUAAUUCUCUGUCACAUCUCAAUUCAAAAAUGCCAUUACGAUCAAGAACACCUAUUUGGCCAAGCUGCACUUUCAAUCCAACACGAUUUGCUGUUAAUUCUACGCGUCUUUCUUCCGAUUGUCCGUGA